AUGGAUUCUACACAAAAUAAAUUCUACCACAUUCACAGAAUUGAUUCUAGAAGUCUCCUUGACUCCUACUUCUCUGACAAGGAGGACAUGGUCUUCGGAGAAGAUACUUUGAAAUUCCCAAUGAUGAAUCUUCACUAUGUGUUCAGCAGAGGUUUUAUCUGUGGAAACCUUUUGAUCGCCCUCAGCCACAGCCCCUACAUUCAUCAUCUAUAUUCAGCUUCCAACAUCUUUAAAGAUAUAAUUCUUCUGAUGUUCAGUGAGAAAUGUAGCAUGGAACUGCGCCGAUGGCUCGGAGAUCGUACCGGAGCUUUUGAUUGGACUCACACAAAAACUGCUGUUGAAGAGUUGGAGGGGAAAAGUGACCAAACUCAGGACAAAGAACUGAACCUAAAAGCGUCCAUCAAGCAUAUUGUGACGUGUAACCUCGAAGAGGAGAAUCUAGCCCACCCGCUGGUGUUACCUCUUGCCGACUGCGUCAUCAGUGCGGGGUUAUUGGACGUCGUCAGUAAAGAUGAGGAGGAUUACAUGAGGAACCUGGAAAAAGCCUCAAACCUGCUGAAAAUCGAAGGUCACCUGAUCCUGAUUGGGGCAAUAAAUGCGACUUACAUAACAGCCGGAGCGGAUCGGAUCCAUGUGAUGAAAUACGAUGAGAGCUUUGUAAGGUCCGCUCUCAGCAAGCUGGUCACCAGCUUGGGGCCGGUCCAGGACAACCUGGGCUCAGAGGCAAUGGGGUUGAAUGACGCAGGCAUACUGCAGAGAAGGACCCUUGCUCUCUGGGUGUGGAAGCAGUGA